CGGACGUCUUGUUUGACGGGAUGGAGCACAGCAUGCUCCCCACGUUUUCCUUCUUCAACGCGCGUGCCACUGACGCCAAUAACGUCGGCACCGAGUGGUCGAAGUGGGUGAGACGCUUCGAGAACUUCGUAGUGGCCUGCCGCAUCACAAGCGACGCCCGUAAGACCGCUUUGCUGCUACACUACAUCGGGGAGGAAGUCCAUGACAUCUACUGCGCGCUUCCCGAACCUCCUGUGACCGCACCUGCGGCAACAGCGUCAGCUGUCUCAAGCACCGCUGGCGAAAGCCCGCUCUACACCGCAGCACGCAAGAAGCUGGACGCCUACUUCGCUCCAAGGGUCAACACAACCUUCGAGGUCUACCGUUUCCGACAAGCCAAGCAAGUAGAAGGAGAGUCCCUUGACUCAUUUUACGCCAAACUACGACAGCUAGCGCGACACUGCGGAUUCGCCGAUCCGGACACGGAAAUCAAAAAUCAGAUCCUGCUGUCUACAACAUCGUCACGCCUUCGCCGCUAUGCCAUGCAGCAUGACCUCGAUUUGGAGGGAAUCCUCAAACAGGGCAAGCUAUUUGAGGAAGUGGAGCACAACGUUACCUUGAUGGAACAAGGAAGCCAGCAGCAGCCCAACGAGAACACAGUGGUAGCGAUAGCAGCGAAUGCCAAGCUGUCUUCGCACCACUACCCGUCCAAGCGCCACCAGAAAAUCUCAUCACAGCCUCGUGAGAAUUCACGUCGUCAACACCCGGACGCAUCAUGCUACAACUGUGGAGGAUCAUGGCCGCACGACGGUGGUCGAUCCAGCUGCCCAGCCAGAGGCAAGUCCUGCAGGUCAUGCCAGAAGGUUGGCCACUUCUCCAAAGUAUGUCGGUCGGCUCCAGUCACCGUCCGUGCUAUACGCAAAAACGCUGGCUCGGACAGCGACGAGUACACUUUCGCAACUGACACUUCACGCGACAUCUCGAGGUCACCGCGAGUGAUCGUGGAAGUGAACGGUACGCUAGUAGAAUUUACCCUCGAUACAGGAGCUACUGUGUCAACCGUGGGAUCAAGUGACCUGACGAAACUCGGGCUCCGUCACAGCUUGGAGCAAAGAGGUGUAAAACUUUUCGCAUACGGUGCAACGUCCCCAAUGCCAGUGCUUGGCAAACUGUCCGUGACCAUGAAAUACAAAGCUCAGAAAGGCACAGACGAAAUCUUCGUUAUACACGGUGACCAUCCAGCCCUUCUGAGUUUUUCUGCAGCCUCACGUCUGGGUUUAGUCAAGAUCACCUACAACGUCGAAGACACCCUGACGGAAAACAAUAUUCAGCAACAGUACGCCCAGCUAUUCACGGGAGUUGGAUGCCUUCGAGACCAACAGGUACGCCUGCAUGUGGAUGACAGUGUGCCACCAGUCGCACAACCACACCGUCGCAUCUCUUUUGCCAUGAGGAAACCACAAGAGGCAGAGCUGAGUAGACUGCUAGCACUCGACAUCAUUGAGAAGACUGAAGGGCCAACACCGUGGGUGUCUCCGCUUGUUCUAGUGCCCAAGCCUUCUUGA